AUGAAAAAUACCAAAACGGAGGCGCAAUGCAUCGCCUCCGUUCAAACACGGUAUCCAGUCCACAGUACAGUACAGAGCGACACAGCGAAGCAUCGCCGGCUGACUGCGGCACCCGCGCCGGCACACAGUGCGCAGACGGGCGUGCGCAGCCAUGACGCUAGCAUCUUGGCAUCGGCUGUGCCACAGCAGAAACGGGAAAGGCGCAUCAUGCGCUACGUGCCUCGUCAUCGCUGUGCUGGAGGGCCCAGGUUCUGGUACUUGCGGAUUGCCCAGCGCGAGGCCAGCGGUACCUCUGCGCUAUUCGCAUAUAAUGAUGGCACCGCAAUGCCUGUUGGACGGCACGCCAAGAUCCGUGAAUCUAUGUAA